AUGACGGUGGCUGAAGAAGAAGAGGUCUUGCGGCCGCCGCUGCCACCGACGCCGCCAAGGAAUUGCAGGAUGAUAGUGACUGUGCGCCGGGAGGACGGCCUGCAGGGCUGGAGGCGGAGUGGCAGGAGGGAAAGUGAUAAGAACGACAGGGCAGAAGUCAUGCUGCUUCUGAUGCUGAUGCUCUUCUGGCUCCUGGCUCCAAAUACAGCAAAGAGGCUGCAAACCAUUUGUGUGCUUAAGAAUUAUAUCUCAUUAGAGGAACGCCACUAUAGGUCUGGUGAUCUCAUUAUUGGUGGGAAUUUUCCCUUUGGAAAUAUUUUCGAUUCUCCUGUCCAAGACUUUAAUACAUUGAAUCAUCCUCUACAAGAUACAGUCAUCACCAGUUACUACCAGCAGUUCCUUGCCUUGAUGUUUGCUGUCUCCGAGGCCAAUAAGGAUUUUCUUCUGCUCUCCAACAUCACCCUGGGCUUCCACAUCUACCGCCAUUUCCAGAGGGAGAUGGAUAUUUCCUUUAAAAGUCUCUCCAUGCUCUCCUCACAAGCCAAAAUGGUUCCAGGUUACAAAUGUGACCGGCAGGACACUCUGCUGUCCAUCAUUGGGGGUCUCAAUGCCAAAUUCUCAAGGCUGAUGGCGUCCAUCUUCAGCAUCUUUAUGGUCCCACAGUGGAACUGGAUUGGGCUUCUGGCCCCUGAGGAUGACAAUGGAGAACGUUUCAUUUCAACUCUGACGCCGAUGCUCCAGGAGAAGGAGAUCUGCCUGGCCUUCACUCUAAUGCAGAAAUUGGAUAGUUUUGGAAAUACUAUGAAAAAGUUAAUUCUCAAUUUCCACCCCUUGAAGCCCCAAGGAGAUGUCUUUCUCCCUCAAUGGUGGGAAUUGACCUUUGACUGCAAGAUCCAUAAAUCAGGAAAGAUCCCUCCAAAGGGGAAAAAACAAUGUACAGGAAAAGAGAAUGUGCAGAAUCUGCCCAAUUACACUAUUGAAAAGAGAAUGACAGGAGAAAGUUACAAUAUCUACAAUGCUGUUUAUGCUCUGGCACACGCUUUACAUGCAGUGCAUGGAUCCAGAGCCCGUCCGACCAUGAUGAGGCUUGGAAAGAGGACCUCAACUGUCCAGUCAUGGCAGGCAAUCCCCAUUGCCAGAUGUGGAAGGAAGAGAUGCCAUGCAGGAGAGAGGAGAAGAGUUCCAGAAGGCAAGCAGGUUUGCUGCUACCACUGUGACCCUUGUCCAGAAGGGACCAUUUCUAAUGAGACAGAUGCAGCUCAAUGUGAACCCUGUCCAGAAGACCAAUAUUCCAACAAGGACAAGGACCAAUGCAUUGCCAAGAAGAUCCACUUCCUUGCCUAUCAAGACACCCUGGGAUACAUUUUAGUUUUUCUCACUCUCUUUUUCUCUGUGAUCACUUCGGCAAUCCUGGUGAUUUUCUAUAAACAUCAUGACACACCCAUCGUGAAGGCCAACAACCGAGAUCUCACCUACAUCCUCCUGGUUUCCCUCCUGCUCUGCUUCCUCUGCUCUUUCCUCUUCAUUGGUCAACCAGGGAAGAUCACCUGUUUCUUACAACAAUCUGCUUUUGCCAUUCUCUUUUCCCUUGCAGUUUCCUCUGUGUUGGGGAAAACUGUUAUGGUGGUUCUGGCCUUUAUGGCCACCAAGCCAGGGAACAAGACAAGGAAACUUUUAGGAAAACCACUGACCAACUCCAUUGUCUUAGCUUGUCCCCUGGUCCAAGCCCUUCUUUGUGCCACCUGGCUGGUAACCUCUCCCCCAUUUCCUAACUUCGACUUCCACUCCUUGUUUGUAGAGACCAUUUUAGAAUGUAAGCAAGGCUCAGCUUUAAUGUUCUACAUUGUCCUUGCCUACCUAGGUCUUUUGGCCCUUGUCAGUUUCACAGUGGCCUUUCUAGCUAGGAAAUUGCCCGACAGCUUUAACGAAGCCAAGUUUAUUACUUUCAGCAUGCUGGUCUUCUGCAGUGUUUGGAUCUCAUUCCUCCCCACCUACCUGAGCACCAAAGGGAAGUCCAUGGUGGCUGUGGAGAUCUUCUCUAUUUUGGCCUCUGCGGCUGCUCUCUUGGCUUGUAUCUUUUUCCCCAAAUGCUACAUUAUUGUAUUGAGGCCCGAUCUGAAUUGUAGAGAAAAUAUAGUAAGAAACAAGAAUUUCUAA